UGAUUUUGUCAUUUAGAGCGAAAAAAUUUAUUCGAAAAAUAUUUGAAAAAUUCAUUUUGAGAGAAGACAUCGUGAAGAAAACACCAUUAAAAGUCAAAAUGAUGCGCGACACUGCUGCAAAUCAAUUGCAUGAUUUUAAAAAUAAUGCUUUAAAAAAAACUGAAUCGAUUACUACAUCUUCUGGUAAUCCGGUUGGCAUUCAAGAUGCAUCAAUGACUGUUGGACCGAGGGGCCCGAUACUUUUACAGGAUACACAUUUUUUGAAUAAAUUGCAAACUUUUCAUACUGAACGCAUACCUGAGCGCGUGGCAUAUGCCAAAGGUUGUGGAGGAUUUGGCUACUUUGAGGUAACCCAUGAUAUCUCUAAGUAUUGUGCUGCUAGUUUGUUUUCAGAGGUAAAGAGGCGUACACCGAUAGCUGUACGUUUUUCGACAUUCAGCGGCGAGAGCGGCUCGAACGAAACCGUUCGUGAUUCCAAAGGAUUUGCUGUCAAAUUUUAUACCGAAGAUGGCAUUUUUGACAUAGUAGGACAAAAUUGUCCGGUAUUUUCUAUUCGUGAUCCCCUUCUGUUUCCCAGUCUAGUUCACGUAGUGAAGCGUAAUCCACAAACUCAUCUACGAGAUGCGGACAUGUAUUGGGAUUUUAUGUCGCAAUGCCCCGAAACAAUUCACUAUAUGUGUAUGAUCUUCGGCGACCGCGGCAUACCGGAUGGUUAUCGCCAUAUGAAUGGAUAUAGUGUGCAUGCUUAUAAGUUGGUGAACGAUAAAACUGAAGGAGUCUUUGCGAAAUUUCACUUUCGUACUGAUCAGGGCGUACAAAAUCUGGACGAUGAACGUGCAUUGUGUCUUGCUUGUCGAGAUCCGGAUUACUGUACUCGUGAUUUAUUCAAUUCGAUUAGAAAUGGGAACUAUCCUAGCUGGACUUUGUAUGUACAAUUGUUGACUCAGCAGCAGGCUAAGAAUCUUAAUUUUGAUGCUUUUGAUCCUACCAAAAUAUGGCCUUACACGGAGGCUCCUCUAAUACCUGUCGGUAAAAUUAUACUUGACCGUAACCCCGCAAACUACUUUGCUGAAAUCGAACAGAUGGCGUUUAGCCCUGCUAAUAUGGUACCCGGUAUCGAGGCGUCGCCAGAUAAAAUAUUGCAGGGUCGAUUAUUUGCUUACGGCGAUUCUCAACGCUAUCGUUUGGGUACUAAUUAUUUACAGAUACCGGUUAAUUGCCCCUUCCGUGUACCCGUUAAAAAUUUUCAACGCGACGGGCAAAUGACUGUUACUGAUAAUCAGGGUGGAGCACCGAAUUACUAUCCAAAUACAUAUUCCGGUCCAGAACCUUGUUUACGUGCACGCACGUUAAGCACUUGUUGCCCAAUCUCUGGUGAUAUUUAUCGCCAUAGCGCUUCUGCUGCCGAGGAUAAUUUUAGUCAAGCUACUGAUUUCUGGGUUCUCGUAUUGGAUGAUUGUGCACGUAAACGUCUCGUUCAGAGUUUGGCAACUAAUCUAUCUAAAGCUAGUCAGGUUGUCCAAGAGCGUGUUGCUCGUCUUUUUACUAUGGUUCAUGCCGAUUUCGGCCGCUUAUUAACCGAAGCUCUAAAUACAGAGAAUUUCGAGUAUUGUUGAAAUAAAUCCCCGAGUCCAUAAUGGUUUGAAUGAUUGUUUAUGCUGAUCUUACUUCUUGUUGCUGUGGCUGUUGUUGAUUUUUGACAAUAUUUUUAAAUAUGAUUUCAUCUUAUUCAAAUUAUCCAAAUAUUAUAUAUCAA